UAUUAUUCUAUGCGAUUAUUUUUUUGAAUUUGCCGCCACGAACUUCUCCGCCGUCGCCGCCGUCGCCGCCGUCAAAAUGGCCGGUGUGGAAACUGGAGGAGAAGGAGUUAUGGACUCCACGAAGAAGAAGCGUAAGAGAAAUAGAGGCAAAAGCAAAACUCCGGAACCCCGAAAAGAUGAUGAGAUGGAAGCCGAAGACGACGAAGUAGAGAAAGAGGUUGAGGAAGAAGAAGUGGCAGUGGAGGAGAAGAUGAAAGAGAAGAAAAGGAAGAAGGAAAUCGAGACAGCUGUAGAAGAAGAGAGAAAGGUGGAAGAGGAGAGUGGUUUCAAGGUGAAUCCGCCGUCGGGGAUUAUGAGCAGCGAAGCGUUUGAAGCGCUGCCGUUGUCGAAGCUCUCUAUGGAUGCCAUCAGAGAUAUGAAAUUUAGCUUUAUGACUCAGAUCCAAUCUAGAUCAAUUCCACCACUUUUAGAAGGGAAAGAUGUUCUUGGUGCUGCAAGGACAGGUUCUGGGAAAACACUUGCCUUUUUGGUUCCAGCUGUUGAAUUGUUGUUUAAUCUGCGUUUUACGCCUCGGAAUGGGACUGGUGUCAUUGUCAUUUGUCCAACAAGGGAGUUGGCAAUGCAGACGCGUGAUGUAGCUGAGGAGCUUCUGAAGUAUCACUCGCAGACACUGGGAUUGGUAAUUGGGGGUGCAUCACAAAGAAGAGAAAAAGAGUGUAUUGUCAAAGGAGUAAACCUUUUAGUAGCGACCCCUGGUCGACUGCUUGACCAUCUCCGAAGAACAAAGGGUUUUAUAUAUAAAAACCUCAAGUGUCUUGUGAUCGAUGAAGCUGAUAGGUUAUUGGAACAAAAUUUCGAAGAUGAUAUGAAGGAAAUUAUUAAAAUUUUGCCUAAGGAGAGGCAAACGGUUCUUUUCUCGGCUACCCAAACAAAGAAGGUUGAGGAUCUUGCGAGGUUAUCCUUUCAGACAAAGCCAGUUUAUAUCGACGUGGAUGAUGGAAGGAAGAGGGUCACAAAUGAAGGACUGCAGCAAGGUUAUUGUGUUGUCCCUUGCUUCCAGAGAUUUAAUCUUCUCCACGCCUUCUUGAAGAAGAAUCUGUCCAAGAAAGUCAUGGUUUUCUUCUCCUCCUGCAAUUCUGUCAAGUUCCAUUCAGAACUUCUUCGAUACAUUCAGAUCGAUUGCCAAGAUAUCUAUGGUAAGCAGAAGCAGCAGAAAAGAACAUCUACCUUUUUCAAUUUCUGCAAAGCUGAGAAGGGCAUCUUGUUGUGCACGGACGUUGGUGCACGCGGCCUUGACAUUCCGGCAGUGGACUGGAUUGUGCAGUAUGACCCUCCCGACAACCCCAAGGAAUACAUUCACAGAGUUGGCCGAACAGCCCGUGGGGAAGGAGCGAAAGGGAAGGCCUUGCUUUUCUUGACUGAGCAAGAGCUACGGUUUCUUGCAUACCUUAAGGCUGCAAAAGUGCCACUCGAGCCGUAUGAAUAUGAUGAGAAGAAGAUGGUGAAUGCUCAAUCUAUGUUGGCAAAGUUAAUCUCCCAAAAUCCUUACUUAAACAAGUCAGCCAAAGACGCCUACAGAUCCUACAUUCUGGCGUACAAUUCACACAAGAUGAAGGACAUCUUCAAUGUUCAUAACCUCAAUCUAGAGGAUGUGGCUGCUUCGUUCUGCUUCAGCUCGCCCCCGAGAGUGAGCUUAAACAUCAACAGCAAUGCCUCCAAGUUCAGGAGGAAAUCGCGUAAAACUGAUGGAAGCCGGCAUGGAUUCAGCCGGAGCAACCCGUACGGAAGGAGAGGUGGAGACGACACGCGACAGUUUGUUAGAUAUUAAGUUUACGGCAGAUAACAUUAAAGUAUGCCACUUUUGAUGGACAAAGAUUUUAAUAAAAUUGAUGGUGAUUUUUAUAUAGUGAAAAAAAAAAAGGAUCUCACCAUUAUAUAAGAUGAGUGAUUGAGAUUGAAUUUGAGUUUUAUUUUUUUUU